GGGCGGUGGAGGCGCGCUGCUGGGCGCGUCGCGGACGAGGGCGGGAUGGAGAAGCGGGGCCGAGGAGGGCGGGUUCCCGCGCACCAGCCCGCUCCGCAGUCCUCGGCGACGCCUCGGAGAGACAGGCGGCCUAGCAUGUUCGAGAAGGAGUCAUACGCACAGAUUCUGAGAGAGAGGCUGCGGGAUUCGCUGCACGAGGUACAGUAUGUGGAGCCCCCGCUGGACGAGUCCACCGCCGACCUGGGCAAGGAGUGGAAGAGCGCCCUGGCCAGGCUGAAGUUCGCCAACACGUACCGGAUGGAGCCGCCGAAGAAGUUCCAGGCCCAUUCGGUGGAAACCAAAGUCCAGCGGAUCCUGAAGGACAACCUUAAAGAUGUCAAGUAUGACGAUAAAGUCUUCUCUCGUCUGUCGCUAGAGUUAGCAGACUGCAUUAUGUCAGUGGUCAAAGAAUUUGGGUACCAGCGCUAUAAAUUCAUUGUCAAGGUGUUACUUAUUCAAAAGACCGGCCAGGCAAUAAAUGUCGCCAGCCAGUGGAUCUGGGACGUGGCGUGGGACAGCUGGGUCGCCGCGAAGCACGAGACGGAGACCUACGUUGCGCUGGCCUUGGUGUUCGCUCUCUACUGUGAGUGACUCGCCCCAGGCCAGGCCCGCCCCCCCACAUCCCGGACACGCGGGGUCCACGGACGCGUGCGUCUCCGCGGUUGUGGUUGGCCCCAUCUCUGUCUGCCGUCGACCUGUCUUAGCUGUAUUCUUUUAACAAGUAAAAGCUGCGUUUUUACCUUCGUACUUCCAGUUAUGGUGUUUAUGAAUACUCUACCACCUCACAAUAUAAAAAGGUAUAUUCACAUAUGAAUACGUGAAUGAUUAUAGUAGAUUAUAGUAUGGGAAAAGGAUCAUUCUUGGAUUCAAGACAAGUAUAAUUGACUAUAGGAAAUCAUGACUCAACCCUGAAAAGUAUCGAAUUAGGUAAAUGUUCACAUGAACUUUGGAACAUGUCUAAAGGCAGAUGUCUUCUGAGUGGUAUUUUAAUGCAUUACAUGCAUUCUUUUGAAAGGAACGACCAAGUUUUAAAGAAAAAUGUGAAAAUAUCUAAUUCUGCCCUGACUAAUGCCCCACACCCCAGUCACAGUGCUUACAGAUGUGUGGUCUAUUUGUCAGUCAGUUAGGCUCUGUUUAGAUGCCAGAUUAAAAA